AUAUAUCAAUACGCACACAUACGAGCAGUACAGUCGCAAGUUGCGAACCGCAGCGCCAUAUAAAAAGUUGGAACUGAGUGGAAUCGGAGCGAUAUAUAGCCAGCCGAUCCCUUCCAGAGCGCCGGACGAGCAGAUCCCACGACCCCGAACCGAUGUCGCGGCGGGAAUAGAGAGAUAGAGCGAUUCGCAGCCCAAACAAGAUGAUAAACCCCAUUGCCUCCGAAUCGGAGGCCAUUAACUCGGCCACCUAUGUGGACAACUACAUUGAUUCCGUGGAGAAUCUGCCGGACGACGUGCAGCGCCAGCUGUCCCGCAUCCGCGACAUAGACGUCCAGUACAGAAGUCUCAUCCGCGACGUGGACCACUACUACGACCUGUAUGUUUCCCAGAGUUCCUCUCCGGAUGCCGGGCGGCGCUCGAGGAGCAUCUCGCGGAUGCACACGAGCCUCAUCCAGGCGCAGGAACUGGGCGACGAGAAGAUGCAGAUUGUCAACCACAUGCAGGAGAUAAUCGACGGCAAGCUGCGCCAGCUGGACACCGAUCAGCAGAAUCUGGACCUCAAGGAGGAGCGCUAUGCGUCGCUGCUGGAGGAUGGCCAGCCCACCAAGCUGCAGCGCCUGCAGAGUCCCAUGCGCGAGCAGGGCAACCAAGUGGGCGCCGGCAAUGGAGGCCUGAAUGGGAAUGGUUUGAUCACGGGAAAGGAUCACUAUGGAGUCUGUGUUCUGCCCGGUUCCAGUGCCAUAGCCACGGGCAACGGCGGCAGCUCCACGCCCAAUUCAGAGCGCUCCAGUCACGUGAGCAACGGCGGCAACAGCAACUCCAAUGGCAACCUCACUAGCGGCGGUGGGGAUCUCCAGCGCACCGGCAGCAAGCGCUCGAGGCGGCGGAACGAGAGCCUGGUCAACAACGGCGGCAGCUCCCUGGAGAUGGGCGGCAACGAGUCCAAUUCGGCCAACGAGGCGAGUGGCAGCGGCGGCGGCGGCAGUGGCGAGCGCAAAUCCUCGCUGGGCGGAGGCAGUGCAGCGGGCCAAGGACGCAAGGCCAGUCUGCAGGCGGCCUCGGGCAGCUUAGCCAGCGGUUCUGCAUCUACAAGCAGUGCGGCUGCGGGAGGAGGAGGAGGAAAUGCUGCUAGUGGCAGCGGAGCAGGCGUUGUCGGUGGUGCCAACAAUUCGGGGAAGAAAAAGAAGCGCAAGGUGCGCGGCUCGGGGGCUUCUAAUGCGAAUGCCAGCACGCGCGAGGAGACGCCGCCGCCGGAGACCAUAGAUCCCGACGAGCCGACCUACUGUGUCUGCAAUCAGAUCUCCUUUGGCGAGAUGAUCCUGUGCGACAACGACCUGUGCCCCAUCGAGUGGUUCCACUUCUCGUGCGUCUCCUUGGUCCUCAAGCCGAAGGGCAAGUGGUUCUGCCCCAAUUGCCGCGGCGAACGACCCAACGUGAUGAAGCCGAAGGCGCAGUUCCUCAAGGAACUGGAGCGCUACAACAAGGAGAAGGAGGAGAAGACCUAGAACCCAGCCCAUUGCUCUGUGUUUAACACCAGGCUCUGUAAAAUAUUCGAUCCUAAGCUUUACCUUAAUGUAUAUUUAAUGACUCGCUUCUACCCGAUCCCCCACUUUCAUCCAGUUUAGAGAUCCCCCUGCUUCAGUGGUUAAAGGUCGUCGGUUUUCAUUUAAAGUUUCUGUACAAAUAAUACCUUUCUCGAUGUAAACACACAACACACACACAAAACUCGUAUAAUUAGCGUACACCUUAACUUAAUUUACGGUAAUAAACGUUGAUAUUCAAAAACCCCAUUGAUUUCUUGGCCCCAAGGACCCCGAAUUUGCUAUUAGCUAUCUAGUAGUUUUACGAAUCUAUUUGUUUAAUUGUCGUUUAGCAGACUAAGGCAUUCGAUUUAUACAUUAGUAUAAUUGAUCGUGUACAAAGGUGUGUAAAAUAUAUAAAUUUAUAUAAAACUA